CGUCUGUGACCUGAAAUAUGACAAAGUAGCACAACCCAGCGUAAAACGGGCCAAAAAUACACGACUAAUCGCCGCAAACAGAUAAGAACUAAGGGUGCAAACAUGUGCAAAUACAUCGCUAUCAAAUUCCCCCACACUUAACCUUUUGCUUGUCCCCAAGCAAACCUAACUCAAACCAAUGCAACUCUCCAGACCUCUAUAGCAAGAAACAACCCCGAUCGUCGGUAGAGGAUUUUCUAGAUCAUAACGCAGCUUACGAGGUCAACUGGUCUUCUAAGACGUCCCCUAUUUCUCUCAAUGCCAGUACUAGACUCAAGCCAGGAUCAUGAGAAGAAGUAGAAGUAAGAUAGUUAGUUCAUGGAUAAAGGGAAUCACACCAUUCACAAUCAAGGACUCGCGAUACCGGGGUGUUCUUUCACUUCAUUUCACUGUUGGAACCCCUUUUUCACUUCCAUUUUACUUUUUUUUCCCAUUCACUUAGCGGGGGUUACAACUGUAGUCUUUCGCACGGUCGACCUUUAUUAGUCGAGCAAGAGCAAUUUCUGUACAUCUGGCGCUCGCCAGAGUACUUCUUUUAACUCCUUUUCCUCAACUCGUGUGGAGGGUCAAUGAAAUUAAGGGGGGUCGGAAGCUCUAUCCGUGCCCAUAAAAACACAUCCUCAAGUAGGCAAACCGUUCAACGGGUGGAAGUUUUAAUUGUACUAGAGACGGCUUAACUUCACCUUGUAGGAGUACCCCACUAAGGAUCACUAAAAUCUCUUCCAAAACCCAAUUUUUGUGCAAUGAACGGUGCCGCACACGUUGGGCUUACCCCAUGUUUAAGAUUUAAAGAUUUUGACAUGGAGGACCAACUGCAUUUCAUUUUUCACAUGAGCACCCUGUUCGAUACACGAGUCCAUAACACAAUCCAAAUAGAGUCACCAUUAUCACAUGAAUUCAACGGUCAUAGCUCCACUAAUUCACAAAAUCAACUGGCACAACAAAGAGCUAGAUAGGAAAAAUCUUAUACUUCAACAUCCUCCAUAGUGCUACACUACCUCCCUAGGUUGCACAUUACUAUAGAGACUGUCAAUUCAAAGUAUACUGAGCAGGCAAUUUGCAAGGAAACACGUACUUGGAGCCCUCAAAUUAAAAAAUUUCAACAGAGGACUAGGCUCCAAGCACACAAACAGAUCUUAUGCAGUCAAAAGAGAAACGUCCCCCCCCCCCCCCCCCCCCACACUUAAGAUCGACAUUGCCCUUAAUGGAUAAGAGGGAAGGAUAAAGGGGAACGAUGUUACCGGUGUGCACGGACUACAUAAGACUGGAAGCAGACCAGUCUGUGUUAAGAGGACUGGAGAGGGGACCAGUCAGGGACAAAGCACAACUAAAGGGAACAGAAGAACUCAAACACAAUCCGUUAGGUCCAAUUGUCAGCCCAAUAAUACAUCAUCCAAACCAAAAGAAAUUAAACCAAAACCAAACAAGUUUACAAUCCGACCCAAAACAAAAGGAACAAACGAAAACCGUGGUGGGGUUGCCUCCCCACAAGCGCUUCUUUACCAUCUUUUAGCUGGACGCCCAUGGUGGAUACUCAGCGGGGUGCAGGAACAGGUGCCUCCAAGAGCAGAUCCACAUCGCUCUUGAGGUACAGCUUCAGAUUGCGGCCAUGCACUAGACGGGUGCGACCACCAGCAUUGGUCAGCUCGACCUGGCCAUCCGGCAAGAUGCAGGCGAGUGAGUACUCGGAUGGCCAGGGUGGUCAUGGUGCAGGAGGUGGAACUAGCUCAUAGUGGGCUCCACCUUUCUUCCGUGCAGGCUUAGCCACCCGCUGCUUCGAUCGCCACUCCUCUUUGAUCCUUUGGUUUGGUGGUUACGUUGAAGGGAGUGGCGGCGCAGGCGUGAGAGGGGGAUCCUGCAAAACGAGACGCACAGGGGGUUACACGACAGGCUCGUGCACCUGGUGAGAAAUAACAUGCAUAGGUUUGACAGCAAGCAUAUCACAAUGAUCAGGGUCAGCCACAGAAAAAGUAGCCUGUUCAUUUCCAGCACGCAAGAUCAGUUUACCACUAUGCACAUCAAUAAGUGCUUUGGCGGUGGCAAGAAAUGGUCUACCCCAGA